GGUCUGCAUGCUCAGCUUGGAACCAGAGUCAACGUAGAAAUGAAUGCUGCUCCAUCCAUCGACCUGAACAGAGCUCUAUCUGAGCUCAGAGAAGAAUAUGAAAACAUGAUGGAGAGGAACCUCAGGGAAGUCGAGGGCAUGUUCUUGGCAAGGAGUGCAGAACUGGACCGUGAGAUGUCUUUAGGAGCCGUACAAUUGCAGUCAGUUAAUAAUGAUAUCAUUGAUUCAAAGCGGUCUUUACAGACCCUGGAGAUUGAGUUGCAGAGCCAGCUGAGUAUGGUAUGUCAGCAUGAAUUAAAAUAUUUAAACAUUUUUAAAGCAAAACCAUGA